AUGUUUUGCUGUGUUGACAGCAGAGAUGAUGUCGGUUACUCCUGUCUGGAGUCGGAUCCAGGAGUUUCUUUUCCUGUCUCGCAGUGUUAUACCAAGCAUGAUCCUCUCCAUCUUACGCUGCGCAACCCGGAGCAUCUCCAUCUGGGUGCUGAAAGUAACGUUGCCCUUGGCAAGACAGCAAGUUCUAGUUCCGCUCCAGCAUCCUGGGGACCAGAGAAGGCUGUAGACGGUUUCAGUGGCACGACGGUAUCCGGGGGCGACGAGUGCACUCACACCGAUAAUGUGUACCAACCGUGGUGGAAGGUGGACCUGGAAGAUAUCUACACUGUCAACCGGGUCAGUGUCCUGAACAGGGGAGACUGCUGCGGAGAGCGACUGAGAAACUUCAUGGUGCGAAUUGGCCUUAACGAGGACUUCACCCGGAAUGACCAGUUUCGGGAGACUUACACGGCAACCCCGCCCAAUGGAGCGACAGUCGUGGUGUACUGCGACAAGCCGAUGGCCGGCCGGUACGUCUCCAUUCAGCUGAUCGGACGGUCGGACCAUCUGCAACUCUGCGAGGUGGAUGUCUUCGCCGAAACAGACUACAAAGACGUUUUUCAGAGAAACCAUUCGGGGGCAGUGGACGGACCAAACGUGUGCCUGUGA